AUGCCUUCUGGCAACUGGAACCUGCUGUUAUGCAAAUUGGGGAUGCAAGUUCAAGAGAUCAGGAGACUUCAAGAGGAAAGCAAGAAACAAGUGGCGGAAUUCAAAACAAAGCUCACGGCACUUAAAGACGAAAACAAGAAUCUUGAGAAAGAAGUGACRGAACUGAAAUCGUCCAACGUCACACUGAUGAACAAAGACGAUCAGUCAUGUUAUAGUUACACGUGGAAAAUCAAGGAUUUCAGCAAACAACUAGAGCUUGCAAAGAAAGGUCGUGAUAUCAGACUGACUAGUGAAUCAUUCUACACUCACAAGUAUGGAUACAAACUGAAGCUAAGGUUAUAUCCUAAUGGACAGGGCAAUGGCAAGGGUACACAUGUAUCGGUAUAUAUGGCUAUAAUGCGUGGUGAAUACGAUGCCAUAUUGAAUUGGCCAUUUACCCCUAAAUGGAAGUUUAUUGUGCAUGACCAGAAACCAAAMCACUCGAUGCGUAAAAAUAUUAAACAGAGUUAUAGUGAUGAAAAAAGCCAUGAUGCCUACCAAAAACCAACAGCUAAUGAAAACGCAGGAAUAGGGAAAACAACCUUUGUAUCUCAUGAUAAAUUAAAAACUGAGAACUACGUCGUCGAUGGAGUAGUUUUCAUCACUUUCGAAUUAGAGAAUCCACAAAUCUGA